UCGAGUCCCUGCGCAAGAACCUGCUCGCUUGGUACGACAGAUGCAAGCGGGACCUUCCUUGGAGGGCGCUGGCAGCGACAGAGCCGGAUGCCGACAGACGGGGGUACGCAGUGUGGGUGUCCGAGAUCAUGCUCCAGCAGACACAGGUGGCUACAGUGAUCAACUACUACAACCGCUGGAUGCAGAAAUGGCCAACACUGCAGGCUCUGGCACAGGCAUCCCUGGAGGAGGUGAACGAGUUGUGGGCUGGGCUUGGCUACUACUCAAGAGGGAAGCGUCUGCAGGAGGCAGCAAAGAAGGUGGUGUCUGAGCUGGGUGGCCACAUGCCCAGGACGGCUGAGGCCCUGCAGAAGCUGCUGCCAGGAGUGGGCCGAUACACGGCGGGAGCCAUCGCAUCCAUCUCGUAUGGCCAGGCUACUGGUGUUGUGGAUGGGAAUGUGAUCCGUGUGCUGUGCCGCCUGCGAUGCAUCGGUGCCGACUCCAGCAGCCCGGCCGUCAUCGACCGGCUCUGGGACAUGGCCAAUGCCCUGGUGGACAGGAGCCGCCCCGGGGAUUUUAACCAAGCCCUGAUGGAGCUGGGGGCGACCGUGUGUGUGCCCAAGGCCCCGCUGUGCGGGGAGUGCCCUGUGAAGCAGCACUGCCGAGCACGGUGCAGGGUGGAGAAGGAGGUGGCCUUUGCCUCGCAGAAGCUGUUUGGAAAACCCGCCCCAGUGCCCGAUGUUGAGGACUGUGUUGGGGACUGUCCCCUGUGCCCCCCAGCCACAGAGCCGUGGGACAGCAGCCUGGGGGUGACCAACUUUCCUCGGAAAGCAGCAAAGAAGCAGCCGCGGGCGAUGCGAACGGCCACGUGUGUGCUGGAGCGGAGGGGCUGCCGUGGGGGCCCCGAGUACCUCAUCGUGCAGAGACCCAGCUCAGGUCUCCUGGCUGGACUCUGGGAGUUCCCAAGUCUCCCACUGGCUCAAGAUCUGCAGGAGGAGAAGGAGAGGGAGGUGCUGGCUGAUCACCUCCAGGCCUGGAUGGGGCAGCCCGUGGCAGCCAAAGGCCUGCGGUUCAUUGGAGAGGUCAUCCACAUCUUCUCCCACAUCCACCAGACGUAUGUGGUCUAUUUCCUGCCCCUGGAUGGGGAUGUGACCCUGGACCCUGCCUCCCCAUCCCGCUGGGUGACAGAGGAGGAGUUCCAUGCCUCGGCUGUGUCCACAGCCAUGAAAAAGGUGCUGAAAGCGCAUGAGAAGCAGCACAGGAAGGAGACCAGCCCUGGCAAGGGCUCCAAGCGGAAGCGGGGGGCAAAACCACAGGGAGCAGGCAGCACCUGCCCUGGGACACAGCUCUCCCUCCACGCCUUCCUCCGGGCACCGACUGCCCCGUGACAGCACCUUCCACGUGUGAGCCCCCCCGAGACCCACCCUGUGGGGAGUCUUGCCCGUGGCAGGGGAUGGUGUGUCCCUGUGCUGCUGCAAGCCCAGUACAUGGCACUGUACCAGUCUCCCACUCGUCCUUUCCACUGGCUCCCCUGUGGGAAUUGUGCCUGGAUGUGGCCACUGCGGUCCUGGAUGUGUCCUGGGGCCAGGCCUGCCCUCCCCCCUUGGGUGGAGCCCUCCUGGGGUUAUUCAGCCCCUGGCACCAUGGACUCACAGCAGCAGGGGUUCCUCUUUGGCAGCGGGAAGGCUGUGGCCACACUGCUCCCACAGCCCUGUCCCCUGCCUGCACUUCAUCGGCCAGCCAGUGACUGGGGAUGCUGCCAUACCCUUCCCCGCCUCCAACAGUCCUUUUUAUACACUUGUUUUUACUGAACCUGAACCACAGGCUUUCUAAUAAUAAAUCCUAAGUGUG